GGUCGAAAAUUUACAGCGUGUUUAUCGUCCGUCAUCUGUACGUAUAUAAACUGUGCUCUUUUCUUGUAUCUUUGUCGUGUACGACGUUGAUAAAAUCAAAGAUAAAAAAUGUCCAUCCGCCCGGUGUAUCGACCGACAAUCGUCAAGAAAAGGACCAAAAAGUUUAUAAGACAUCAAUCAGACAGAUAUGAUAAGUUGAAAAGAAACUGGAGAAAACCCAAGGGUAUUGACAAUCGUGUGAGAAGGCGAUUCAAGGGUCAAUAUCUUAUGCCAAACAUUGGUUAUGGUAGCAACAAAAAAACUAAGCACAUGCUACCCACUGGAUUCAGAAAAGUCCUUGUACACAAUGUUAAGGAACUUGAAGUACUUAUGAUGCAAAAUCGUAAGUUCUGCGCAGAAAUUGCUCACGCUGUAAGCAGCAAGAAACGCAAAUUAAUUGUUGAACGUGCUCAACAAUUGUCUAUCCGUGUAACCAAUGCCAAUGCUCGUCUUCGCUCUGAAGAAAACGAAUAAAAUAGAUUUUUUUAAAAAUAAAUAUAAUAUCAAAAAAAGAAA